AUGAUGAGCUCCAAGGUUCUGACGAUAAGCCUGGUGAUGCUGGCUGGGUGGGCAUUCAGUCUCGCCACCUCUGAGCUGGACUGGCCACCCAAGAAAGCCUUGGUCCAGAGGGAGCGACUGAACCAGGGGCAGUUGCAAGGGGAACGUUGUUGGCUGGGGACCAACUUUCAAAGACCCAGAGCUGCUCCCCAGCACCACCUCUUUGGGGUCUACCCCAGCAGGCCUGGGAACUACUUGAGACCUUACUCCAGUGGGGAGCAGGGAGCUCGCCAGGCAGGACACAGCAAGGCAGACCCCCAGGAAACUCUGGCGAGCCUUGCUCCCCCAGCCCCUGCUGGAAAGGUGGCAGGACAGAGGAGACAGGUUGUGCGUCCAGCUGCCUGGUGGGUGAGGGAUGGUCCGCUUGGGCAAUCGAAGCUUCUGGGAGUCAGUGACACUUCUCUUGGCAAUGGAGGGGCCCAGGAGCCUGUAGGUGAGGCUGGGAUGCAGGAAAUCCCAGUAGCUGCUGCCACCAUCACCCCCACCUUCACACGCCCAAAGGAACCCAAGCUGGAGACCCACAGGAAGGGCCGAGCCAAGACAAGGCGACGUCGCCUAGCAGCACCGAGGCAGGUGGCGGGCUUGCGGGGAGGCCCUGACAUCCCUCCCCAGAAUCUCCACGCUUGGCCUAAGCCUCCUCUUCCUCACGAGGCUAAAGACAGUGCAUUGGACGACAGCAUCCCAAACGGUGGAAGUGACCUCCACUGGGAACGAGAGCCCUUCCACCCACGGGGAGGUCUGCCUGUCUUGUACUUCUCGGGGCGGCAGGAGCGGCUGCUGUUGCGUCCAGAAGUGCUGGCUGGAAUUCCCUGGGAGGCGUUCACAGUGGAAGCCUGGGUCAAACCGGAAGGAGGACAGAACAACCCAGCCAUCCUAGCAGGUGUGUUUGAUAACUGCUCCCACACGGCCAAUGACAAGGGCUGGGCGCUGGGGAUCCGCUCAGGGGAGGACAAGAGAAGGCGAGACGCUCGCUUCUUCUUCUCCCUCCGCACUGACCGCGUGAAGAAAGCCACUGUUGUGAUAGGCCACCGCCCUUAUCAAGCAGGCACGUGGACACACGUGGUCGCCACUUACAAUGGACAGCGGAUGGUCCUGUACGUGGAUGGGACCCAGGUGGCCAGUAGUUCAGAGCAGUCUGGUCCUCUGAACAGCCCCUUCAUGGCGUCGUGCCGCUCGCUGCUCCUGGGGGGUGACAGCUCUGAAGAUGGCCACUCUUUCCGCGGACACCUGGGCACACUGACUGUCUGGUCAACAGCGCUCACACACAGUCACCUCCAGCACGGCCACAAGCAUCCCAGUGAGUCCGAGGACUUAGGCGCCCUGAUCCUGACGGCUAGUUUUGAGCCCCUGGAAGAGCAGUGGACCUCCUUUAGGGACGACAAGCAGCCACGCCGGGAGGCUCUCCAGAGCUUUGAGCAGGCGCCUGAGAUUCUGUCGCCGCUGCAGCCACCCCCCUGUGGGAAAACAGCAUGUGACAACGUGGAGCUGAUCACCCAAUACAAUGUGCACUGGCCUCUGCGGGGAGAGAAGGUGAUACGCUACCAGGUGGUGAACAUUUUGGAUGACCAUGGCCAGAACCCCACUGUGAGCGAGGAGCAGAUCGGUCGCCAGCACGAGGCUCUGAACCAGGCCUUCAGCCGCUACAACAUCAGCUGGCAGAUGAGUGUCCACCGGGUCCACAACUCCACCCUGCGCCACCGGGCUGUGCUUGUGAACUGUGAGCCCAGCAAGAUUGGCAAUGACCACUGUGACCCGGAGUGUGAGCACCCCCUCACUGGCUAUGAUGGGGGAGACUGUCGUCUGCAGGGCAGCUGCUACUCCUGGAACCGCAGGGAUGGGCUCUGCCACGUGGAAUGCAACAACAUGCUGAACGACUUCGACGACGGUGACUGCUGCGAUCCCGAGGUGGCCAAUGUGCACAAGACCUGCUUUGACCCAGACUCGCCCAAGAGGGCGUACAUGAGUGUGAAGGAGCUGAAGGAGACCCUGCAGCCCAACAGUACUCACUUCCUGAAUGUCUACUUUGCCAGUUCCGUCCGAGAAGAUCUUGCAGGUGCAGCCACCUGGCCUUGGGACAAGGAAGCCACUAGUUACCUGGGUGGAGUUGUCCUCAACCCUGCCUAUUAUGGCAUGCCGGGCCAUACCAACAUCAUGAUCCAUGAGGUCGGGCACGUCCUCGGACUCUACCAUGUCUUCAAAGGGGUCAGUGAAAGAGAAUCCUGCGAUGACCCCUGCAGGGAAACAGUGCCAUCCAUGGAUACAGGAGACCUCUGUGCUGACACGGCCCCUACUCCCAAGAGCAAGCUGUGCCAGGACCCAGAGCCCGCCAACGACACCUGCGGCUUCACCCACUUCCCUGAAGCUCCAUUCGGCAACUACAUGAGCUACACAGAUGAUGACUGUACUGACAGCUUCACCCCUAACCAAGUGGCCAGAAUGCAUUGCUAUUUGGACCUUGUGUAUCAGCAAUGGAGGCAAAGCAGGAAGACCACCCCCAUUCCCAUCCCACCCAUGGUCAUCGGGCAGACCCACAAGUCCCUCACUAUCCACUGGCUGCCUCCAAUUAGUGGAGUUGUCUAUGACAGGGACCCCGGUAGCGUGUGUGGAGCCUGCACUGAAGAUGGGACAUUCCGUCAGUAUGUGCACACAGCUUCCUCCCGGCGGGUGUGUGACUCCUCAGGUUACUGGACCCCAGAAGAGGCCGUGGGGCCUCCAGAUGUAGACCAGCCCUGCGAGCCGAGCUUGCAAGCCUGGAGUCCCGAGCUCCACCUGUACCAUAUGAACAUGACAGUCCCCUGUCCUGCAGAAGGUUGUAGCCUGGAGCUGCUCUUCCAGCACCCAGUACAUGCUGAUACCCUCACCCUAUGGGUCACCUACCUCUCCAUGGACUCCGCCCAGGCACUCUUUGACACGGAGAUCUUGAUGGAACACCAGAAGUCUGUGCACCUGGGUCCCUUAAACACGGAGGUCACACCUGGACAGACAUAUCGGUACCAGGUUCAAGCUGAAGCAGGAGCAGAGCUGGGAGAAGCUUCACCCCCACUGAUUCAUACCCAUGGAGCGCCCUACUGUGGAGAUGGGCAGGUGGCAGAGAGUUUGGGAGAAGAGUGUGACGAUGGGGAUCUUCUGAGUGGAGAUGGGUGCUCGAGGAUGUGCAGAAUGGAGGAAGGCUUCAAUUGUGUGGGGGAACCAAGCCUGUGCUACGUCUAUGAAGGAGACGGGAUCUGUGAGCCCUUUGAGAAGGAAACCAGCAUCUCGGACUGUGGACUAUUUACUCCUCAAGGAUACUUGGAUCAGUGGGCUACCCAAGCGUACUCCUCUCAUGAAGACAAGAAGGAAUGUCCUGUUUCCCUGGUAACUGGAAAGCCUCAUUCCAUGAUCUGCACAUGGUACCAUCCAGAUUUACCUGAGAAUCGUCCCUUUACUGGCUGGUUUCCCUGUGCCACCAGUGGAAAUAGACCUCAGGACGGAGGGAGUGAGCAGCCAGAAGGUAGUCUGGAGAGAGAAGAUGAGGUUUGGCUUAAAGUCUGCUUCAACAGACCAGGAGUGGCCACAGCAGUUUUCAUUUUCUUCACGUCUGAUGGCCGGACCUCUGGGAAGCAGCCACGGUCAACCUUGACCCUCCAGCUGACUGACAUCAAUGAAAAGAACUACUCUCUGGGAACAUACGAAUUGUCAUGCCAACAUAACCCACUGGUUGUCAAUGUGACCCAUCACCCCAAUGUCUUCUCCCACCACAUCACCUCCGCGCUGCUGAAUGUGUCAUCCCCAUUGGUGGGCAUCUCAGCGGUGGCCCUAAGGACAACCUCCCACAUCAGCCCUCCAGCUCCCCAUAACUGCAUCCCUGGGCUCAAGGAGCAAGAUUAUCAGGGACAGAGCUGUGUCCAUCAGCCUUGUGGGGAGCAGGGCAGCUGUGCACCAUUGCUGCUUGAUCACACAGAUGUGGUGAAUUGUACCUCUGGUGACCCAGGUCACAUGACAUGUGCUGUCACCUGUGAACGUGGGUUUGUCCUCCAGGCCAGCAGCGGACCAUACCUCAGGCCCAUGCAGAAGGAACUUCUGCUGACAUGUUCCUCUGGGCACUGGGACUGGGCGGUGACCUGCAUGCCCCUUGACUGCAGCAUUCCAGACCAGUCUUUGGUGAACUACGCAGCCUUCUCCUGCUCAGAAGGGACGGGCUUUCUCAAGCGCUGCUCCAUCUCCUGUGUCCCACCAGCCAAGCUUCAAGGACUGAGCCCUUGGCUGACCUGUCUUGAAGAUGGGCUCUGGUCCCUCCCGGAAGCCUACUGCAAGUUGGAGUGUGAUUGUGAUGUGCCUCCGGUUAUACCCAAUGCCAACUUGCUCCUGCCUCACUGCCUCCAGGGCAACCAUGAUGUGGGCUCUGUCUGCAGAUAUGAAUGCAAGCCAGGCUACUAUGUGGCAGAAAGUGCGGGGAGUAAAUUCAAAAACCCCUCAGAGGCUGCAGAACAUGGCCCUGAAGGGUCAUUGACGAGUGGAGAAAAGCUGCAGGGCCGCAAGCUUCCUAUCCUCUGCACUAAGGAAGGACUGUGGACCAAGGAGUUUGAGUUGUGUGAAAACCUGCAAGGGGAAUGCCCACCACCUCCCACAGAACUGAAUUUCGUGGAAUACAAGUGUGAACACGGAUAUGGUAUUGGAGCAGUGUGCUCCCCAUCAUGUGUCGUCCCCCCAAGUGAUCCUGUCUUGCUGCCGAAGAACAUCACUGCUGACACUCUGGAGCACUGGAUGGAACCUGUCCAAGUCCAGAGCAUCCUGUGCACUGGGCGUCGGCAGUGGCACCCAGACCCCUUCCUGAUCCACUGCAUCCAGUCUUGUGAGCCUUUCCAAGCAGACGGGUGGUGUGAUACUAUCAACAACCGGGCCUACUGCCACUACGACGGAGGAGACUGCUGCUCUUCCACACUCUCCUCCAAGAAGGUCAUUCCUUUCGCUGCUGACUGCGACCUGGAUGAGUGCACCUGCCGGGACCCCAAGGCAGAAGAAAACCAGUGACUGCGGGAUCAAGCCCUUUCUGCGCGGCCCUGGAGGCAGUAAGAAAGUGAGGCCCCUGUAGAAGGAUGCGUGAAGAAGAGAGGCCAUGGGAAGAGGGCAGGAGAAC